AUGUCAAGUGAUAAUAAUAACGAUAAGAACCUUCGUUUACUUGUUGUCUCCAAUCGAUUGCCUGUCACUGUAAACAAAGAUCCCAAGACAAAUGAGUUUGCAUUCAAGAUGUCUUCUGGAGGUUUAGUUGCAGCAUUAAGUGGUCUCAAAAAGAUGAUGUCUUUUACUUGGAUCGGUUGGCCUGGUUUGGAUGUACCACAAGAUGAACGUAGUAAACUCGAAGAAAGAUUAUUAAAUGAAACAUCCACCAUGCCCGUCUUUGUUGAUCACGAGUUAGCAGAGCAUCAUUACAAUGGGUUUUCAAACAGUAUCCUUUGGCCACUUUUCCAUUAUCAUCCAGGAGAAAUCUCUUUCAAUGAAGAAUGGUGGGAAGCUUAUCAAAAGGUAAACACCUUGUUUGCCGAAGCUAUCGUCAAGAUCGUGCAAGAUGGAGACCUUGUCUGGAUUCAAGAUUAUCACUUGAUGUUACUGCCUGCCAUGCUUCGAAAGUUAACCACCAAGAACAUCAAGAUUGGCUGGUUCUUACACACACCUUUCCCGAGUAGUGAAAUUUACAGAAUCUUGCCCGUUCGAAAGGAAAUUCUAUUAGGCGUUCUAGAGAGUGACCUUCUCGGCUUCCACACUUAUGAUUAUGCCCGUCACUUCUUGUCUUCUUGUACCCGUAUCCUUGGUUUAUCUACUAUGCCGAACGGUGUUGAGUUUGAAGGAAGAUAUAUUCAUGUCGGCACUUUCCCUAUUGGUAUCGAUCCUGAAAAAUUCACAGACGCUCUAAAGGAAAACAAGGUUCAGAGCCGCAUUCAGCAGCUGAAGAGUAGGUUUGGUGAUUGCAAAGUUAUCGUAGGCGUUGAUCGUCUUGAUUAUAUCAAGGGUGUGCCACAAAAGAUGCAUGCUAUGGAGGUGUUUCUAAGCCAACAUCCCGAAUGGGUGGGUAAAGUGGUGCUUGUUCAAUUAGCCAUUCCUUCUCGUGAAGAUGUCGAAGAGUACCAACAUUUGAGAAGCACUAUCAACGAGCUAGUAGGUCGUAUCAAUGGUCAAUAUGGCACCGUUGAAUUUGUUCCUAUUCACUUUAUGCACCGUUCCAUUCCAUUUGAUGAACUGGUUGCCUUAUAUGCUGCUUCCGAUGUCUGUCUUGUGUCUUCUACACGUGAUGGUAUGAACUUGGUAUCUUACGAGUACAUCUCCUCUCAGCAACAGAAUCACGGCGUUCUCAUUCUUUCCGAAUUUGCCGGUGCUGCUCAGUCUCUUAACGGCUCCAUCAUCGUCAACCCUUGGAAUACAGAGGAAUUAGCCAACGCUAUCCAUGAAGCAGUGACAAUGCCUGAAGAUAUUCGAAAGGCAAACCACCAGAAGCUAUACCGCUACGUCACCAAAUACACAGCCGCUUAUUGGGGUGUCAGUUUCGUCAAUGAGUUGCGUCGUGUAAGCGAGGAAUUCGGCCAACGUAUGUCUAUCCCCCCAUUGGAUGCAUCCUCCGUCAUCAGUAAGGCAAAGGAGGCCAAGAAGAAAAAGUUGAUCUUGCUUGAUUAUGAUGGCACACUGACGACAACACAUAAGCUGCCAGAGUUUGCCAAGCCUUCUCAAACUGUGCUUGGUCAUCUAAAGACACUGGCCUCUCAGCCUGAUACAUAUGUCUAUAUCCUUUCUGGUCGUUCUCGUCACCACCUUGAUAGUUGGUUCGAAUCAACUGGUGUGGGCCUUUCUGCCGAACAUGGUUGCUUCUAUAAACAUCCUGCGAACAUUCGCGACAAGAUCAACCCAGUGGCUGCAUCUAAUGAAGCUAAAUUGAUCAAGGAAGAGGAUAACAAAUGGUACUGCCUGGUCGAACAAGUGGAUCCCAGCUGGAAAGAAACGAUUCGUCCUCUCUUCCAACACUACACUGAACGUACGCCAGGCUCAUUUAUUGAAGAGAAAGAAAUCAAUCUUACCUGGCAUUACCGUAACGCUGAUCCCGAGUUUGGCUCAUGGCAAGCAACUGAAUUACAAGUCAAUUUGGAAAAGUUGCUGAGUCAUAUGGCUCUCUCAAUUGUACUUGGUAACAAGACAUUAGAGCUUCGACCAUCCUCUAUUGACAAGGCAACCGCAGUUCGUAAUAUCUUGAAAGACCUUGAUCUUUCUUCUGUGGACUUUAUCCUCUGCAUUGGUGAUGGAAAGACAGAUGAAGUCGUGUUCUCGCUCUUGAACGAAAUCCCACAAGCUAUUACUAGUACGGUUGGAAAGAAACAGACCGAAGCCCAAUACUAUAUCCCUGAUGUUAAUCAAGUCAACAGUCUUGUCGAGUCAUUGGGUCAAUUGUAA